AUGAGCCGUGAAUACGAAGAAAAGUCCGAUGCCUUCAGAGUUGCCUUUCGAAAGUUUCACAUUGGUCCACCCAGAGAAUACCCCUCAAACAAACGACGGGCUGCUUAUCGAAUAGGCAGGAAUGAAUCCUUCAAUAUUCUCAUGGUACGCUUCCUUCCGCAACCUGGUAACGAUGAUUCUUACUCCGAAUGUGAUGCAGUCGGUCGUUGGCCUGCUCGCAGAGACAUUGCCAGUUUGCAGUCAUGUGGACGACUCCACCUCUCUUGUUUGCAUUUACAGCGACGAAUACCGUCCAUAUGGCCGGCCUACUCCGCUUUGUGUAACAGCACUUCACCAUCGCUGCUAUAUAUGUGCAUGUUGUGCAGCAUUUACUCUGAGAAUAUGGCAAAGCUCUCCCCAGAUAAACGCUGUCGACCAGUUAAUGAAGUAACUGAUGGCCUGGGUUCCGCUUGCGUUGUAAUCGAAGUUAACCAUGGGUCUCGCAAGGCUUCGGCGGCUGUCGGUCUUUUGGAUGGAUCUGGAUGUAACAGACGUUUUGUGAAUUUAACCAUUUUCGGUGACAACUGA